AUGGCGGAACCGGAUCUGUUCCCUUACAAAAAGUGGAAUGCUACCCACCGUGCUCUCGAGAACAUUCCGGAUCGGGCGCCUCUGACACUCAAGGAGGUUCUCACCCUCCUCAACGAGGCGAUCAUUCUGGUGACUCAGGAAGCGGUGCUGGUGAACUAUCAUGCGAAUCGCCGCCUUCAGGAGGAGAUGGCGGGACCCACGGUCAUGUGCGAUGGCGGCACCCUUGGCGGCGCCGAUGGCUUCCGCUUUGUUUUCGACUCGGCGGGAGCUCCCACCGUCACGGCUGUUCUAUUUGCUCAGUUGGAAGUCACACGGAAAGGUGUGGCCUGGACUGGCACAGGCUUUGUCGCAGGCAGUGCUGACAAUAUGCCUGCACCACCGGCAGCUGCAGGGGAUCUGGCGGCCCACCUCAAGUGCCAACAACCAGACGGAGAGAAGCCAAUUUUGAUUGAAAUUGUCGACUCGCACGACGAAGUUCGGAUGGAGACCGUGGAGGGACAUCAAAGGUACUUUGUACAGGGGGCGCUGGAUGAGCGCAGAGCGGCAACGCUGUUUGCGGAUGAUUCCCACUUUGCCUGGACUAUCAACAGCAUGAUUGUCAAGAGUGCUGAUCCCGACGCCAAAGCCUGGUUCCGCGCCAAGCUUGAUGCUCUGGAGUCUGUUGUUGUGCAGGCUCACGUGCCUGCGCCCGAAGCAGAUGAUUACAGCACUGGUGUACCCUGCCCUGAUUGUGGGAGGAGAUGCUCCUCGGGCGAGAAGGAGAAGGAGACGGAAGAGGACGACGAAAAUCGUCGCAAAUGGCCGAAGCCCUCCUUAAAGGGAGGGAAGGGGGCUCAGCACGGAGGGUGGAGCAGCGGCUGGGGUGGUCACAAGCGUCAGUGGGAAGCCCACAGGGACAGCUCCUCUUCGGACCAGAUGCCCCAGCUGGAUCGAGCCACGCAGGAUCUCCUAGGGGGAAUGGUUCGUGUGGUCUUGAGACAGACUGCCGACAACUGGCAGAACCAGUUCUCCCAGGACACCGUGAAGAGCCCACUCCGCCUGGUUCUCUUCAUGACGAUGCUCCAGCUGCUCAAGACCAAGGGCCCAAACGCCCUGAGUCCGGCAUGGGUGUAUCACUCAUGGGAUCCGAGUGCCAAGAAGCAGAUCGUUUCGGAGGCACCGCCGCUGGCGCAUGCGGAAGCGCUUCGACAGGUGGACCUGCUGCUUCACCAUGCGCCCCAGGAUGGGGCGCUGAAGAACUUCAAAACGGCCCGCCGAAUGUCGGCGAAGGACAGCUACGCGGCCGAGGAGCCGCAGCUGAUCAAGCAGCUCAAAGAGUCCUACAUGGGGACAGCGUUCUGCGAUUGGGCGAAGAGCAGUGCGCCCUGGAACAGCGACGCCUAG